UAAUAUUUUUGAAGAGUAAUUAUAGUGAAAAGCUUUAUGGACAAUAAGAUGACUAAGGACAAGAAUAACAAGUCUCUGUGUGGAAAAUCAAUGAAGAUGGUGGUGAGCAUCUUUAAAGUGUCAUCCUUCUCCAUUGCCAAUAUUUCCAGUGGAGCAUCUGGACCAACUGGGACCAAAACUCCUGCACCUGCGCCAGACUCUACUCCAGAAGCUGAGAAUGGAACUUCAAUUUUCAUUCACCGAGUGAAAUAUGAAAGUGAUGAAAUGUUAGCUGACUACAUCAGGAAGGUACAUGAGAAGAUCCAAAAUGAUUUUCUCGAGACAUCAAAGUUUUCACCAUACAUAAGGAAGUGAAGGCAAAUAACUAUCUUCAUCUCUGUUUCAUUUUCACUCUUGUACCCCUGUACUGUGUAAGUUUCUACCUUUUAUCUGCAAUUCAGCACUAGUUAGUUACCAUAAAGAAUAAGAAAAUCCAAUUUGCUUGCUUCUACAAGUUGCUACUAAUUAUUUUCUUGCACUCUCUCUCUUCACCUGUUUCAGCUUUUUUUUUUUUUUUGUGUGUGUGUGUCAAAACUAAUAUAAGAUAAUAUGUUAU